GCAGGAGGUCAACAUGAAGACACUGCCCAGCCUCCUCUACGGCACGGCCUGGAAACAGGAUCGCACACAGCAUCUCGUGAAGCAAGCCCUCCUUCGGGGUUUCCGCGCUAUCGAUACUGCCGCCCAGCCCAAGCACUACCAGGAGCAUCUCGUGGGCGCUGGCAUUCGUGAGGCUCUGCACUAUAGUAAUGGCCGUAUCCGCCGCGAAGACGUCUACAUCCAAACCAAGUACACGUCGGUCCACGGCCAGGAUCUGACGAAGCCGCUUCCGUACGAUCCAGCGGACAGCAUCACCGCGCAGGUUCAUGCCUCUGUAGCAUCGUCCCUGCACAACCUCCGACACAGCGACGAGGGGGGAGACAAACCUAAUUAUCUCGACUGUUUGGUCCUCCACUCGCCCUUCCCAACCACCGCGCAGACGUUGGAGGCAUGGCAGGCCAUGGAGAGUCAUGUCCCCCUCGAGGUACGCACCUUGGGCCUCUCCAACUGCGAUGAUGUACACGUGCUCCACGCCUUGUGGGAGGCUGCAACUGUCAAGCCAUCGGUGCUGCAGAACAGGUUCUACCCAGGAUCGGGCUAUGACGGCAGCGUUAGACACUUCUGCCAGAGCAAGGGGAUCGUGUAUCAGAGCUUUUGGACGCUCACCGCGAAUCCGCACCUCCUCCACUCGUCACCUGUCGCUGCCGUGGGAGCUCUCGCCCAAGUUAGCAACGAGGUCGCCCUCUACAGUUUAGUGCUGGGUCUCGGACACGUCCAGGUCUUGUGUGGCACCACGAAUCCAGAUCGUAUGCAAGAGGAUCUGACAGGCAUUACGAAGGUGCAGUCGUGGAGUGCUGCCCACGCGGAGCAAUGGAACCACGCUGUGCUCUCGUUUGACUCGUUGCUGAAGUAG